AGUAUGAAUGGUGGUGGUCUGGUUCUUGGUGUUGCCGUAGAAUCCAGGCCAGCAUACGAGGCCGCUUGUGCACUUGCUUGUACCCGGUCCUAGGUAGCUCCUGCUGCUUUCCCGCGUGAGAUCAAGCACUUCGAGCUUAUCGCGUCGAUCCUACCACCACCAUCUGUAGCAAAGCAGAAUCACCACUCGUAGCGUGUGGUCUUCUCGCCCUAUUCUUGUCACGUGUUCCGUUCUCCUUGUUCUCGCUAGAGUGUAACCCGUUUCUUCUCCAAGGCUUCAUUGUUGUUGCUCCUCGCGGCGCCAUGACCGCGUGUGCCUGCCUCUCGCGAGCAGCUUUCCGCGGAACGACGCCUCCUCCGUCGAUCGCUUGUUGCCAUAAGCAACGGCCGCAGCGAUCGCACUCGCUUCGGGAAAAUGCCGAGCAAACGUUGAUUGCUGCGACGUGCCUUGAACGGGGUAGCGUUCGAUAUAAGAACGUUGGAGUAGUGGGGUCGUCGAGACGGCCGUCUUGCGGUGCAGUGCGGUGCUCCGCUGCGUCAGCAGAUGAUCCAAGGGCCACGGCUCGAUCUCAAGGUGCCGUGUCAUCUCAGCCGUCCGUCGCGACCGUAUCUGGCGAAAAUGGGUCUAUCAAGAGCGCGAGCCAAGCUGGCGGGCAGCGGCAAGCGCAGGAGCCGCCUGAGGACGACGUGCUGAUCGAGCUCAAGGACGUGUACAAGUCGUUCGGCAGCAAGCACAUCCUCAGAGGGGCGUCACUCAAGAUUCGGAGAGGCGAGGCGGUGGGUGUCAUAGGCCCGUCCGGCACGGGCAAGUCAACAAUCCUAAAGAUCAUGGCGGGGCUGCUGGCUCCUGAUAAGGGCGAGGUGUGGAUAUGCGGCAAGAAGCGGGAGGGGCUGAUCAGCGACCAGGAGAACGUGGGCCUGCGGAUCGGCCUGGUCUUCCAGAGCGCAGCGCUAUUCGAUUCGUUGACUGUGCGCGAGAACGUGGGCUUUAUGCUGUACGAGCACUCUCGGUUGUCAGAGGACGAGAUUCGCCUGCGAGUAAAGGACAGCCUCAAAGCAGUGGGCCUCAAGAAUGUGGAGGAGCGUUUCCCCUCGGAGCUGUCAGGAGGCAUGAAGAAGCGAGUAGCCCUGGCCCGAGCCAUAGUGUCUGACAGCAACGCCCCACAGCUGGAGGAGGAGGUGGUGAUGUACGACGAGCCCACCGCUGGGCUGGACCCGAUCGCCUCCACUGUGGUGGAAGAUUUGAUUCGCUCCCUGCACGUGGGGUCAUCCGUGCCCGUGCCGGUGACUGCUGAGAUUGCUGCUGGGUUGGAGUCGGACUUUGAAACGGAGUCGGAAGAUGAGGAUGGGGGGGAAGGGAGAACGGCUAGUGGGACUGUUAGCGGUAGCAGCGGCAGUGGCAGGGGGGAUGAGUGUCGUUCCAAGUCUCGCAAAAUGGCGUCGGUGUCGUCGUACAUUGUUGUGACACAUCAGCACAGCACGAUCCGACGAGCCGUUGACAGGCUGCUGUUCCUGUAUGGAGGGGAGGUUGUAUGGGAGGGACCCACAGAGGAGUUUGACACCACGGACAACCCCAUAGUGAGACAGUUUGCGGUGGGCAGUUUGGAUGGACCCAUCCGGUACUAGUGUGAGUGAGCCAUUGCAGAGUAGGAGGGAUACCCCGCAUAGUCUACACCAUUACACAUGCAGGAGCAAUAGAAGGACACGAUGGGUCAUGCUUAUGAUGUUGCUACUUUCCACGUUAUUUGUAACCUCUCGAGUAAGAAAAACGCCUACGGUGUCCGUGAAGUAAGCUGACGUUAGGUGGGAGGGAAAACGAGCACGUUUUCGGCAAGAUUGUUGCUUCAACGACUAA